GCGGCAGCUGCAGCAGCGUGAAGCUGGCUGGCGGAGAGAGGACAGACACUGGACGAUGCUGCUUCCGCGAGCUCUUGUUCGUCUUCAGCAUCUCCUUAGGACAUACCACCAAGAAGAUUUCUUACAACCACCCGGCUGAGGAAUCCGCGGAACCAUCUCCAUUCAGACAUUCUUGAACAGACACAAUGGACUGUCUUGGCAUUCCUGUCCCUAUCUGCAUUCAAUGCGGCACUGACCAGAAUCCAUGCCAUUUGAAAGUCGUCGGUCCAACUCUUGGUUUCCUCGUCGGCAUCCUCAUGGCAGUCAUAUGCUGGCCAGCUGCAAUUCUAUGCUGCUGCUGCGCUACCGAAACAGGAAAAAAGCGAAGUGUCAGAAUGCUUGGUGCUCCCGCAGAUACCUCGCAGGCGAUAGGUAAUGCCAUACCGUUCUAA